UUUCACAUUUCCAUUGAUCUCAGUUGCCGAGGGACUGAAGCUACCUUGUUAUCUAAGAAAAAGGAAGGAACUUUUCCAAAAACCCACCAAAGGCCAAAAAACCAUAAUACCCGCCGAAUAACGCUUUCAUCAAAACUUCAAAAAUGCAGAGGCUCCUUUCUUUGAAACUAGCCUCAAACCUCCCCAAAAAUCUCCCAAACUCCUCCACUACCUCUUCACUCUUCCACUUCCAACCUCACAAAACGCUUUCUCUCACCAAACCACCCCAAACCCAACCUCAAGGCUACUUCUUUAGCUCCUUUCCUGCACACCCGAUUCACCAUCUUCCUCAUUCAUGGAGGUUUCAGCACACUCUCACACAAAAAAUCCAUGGGUUUCUCUCCAACCCAUUACUCAAAUGGCACUUUUUUUUUGGUUUCCCAAAUACCCUUAUGAGAGUCUCAAGCAAGAGUCUUUCAUCAGAGUUCAAACCUGCUGGUUUUUUCAGAGCCCAAUUUCGCAAACACAUUUUAAAGUUCAACCCAAAUCAGAGUCCCUCCUGGAGAUCAUGGUUCCGAAGGGUAUCAGAGGGUGAGGUGGUUUUGGGAUUGAUUAUAGCUAAUGUUGCCGUGUUUAUGUUAUGGAAGAUUGCAGAUGUUAGCUUCAUGGCGAAGAAUUUUACCAUUUCAUUAGACAAUUUUACAAGUGGACGUUUGCACACAUUGAUAACUUGUGCAUUCAGUCAUAUCGAUGCUGGGCAUGUCACUUCGAACAUGCUUGGACUAUAUGUUUUUGGGAAGCAUAUUGGAAGAAUUUUUGGGCCCGAGUUUUUUUUAAAGUUGUAUCUAGCUGGGGCUGUUGGUGGCUCGGUCUUCUUCUUGGUGCACAAAGCCUAUCUGGCUGCGUCAUCGAAGGGCGGACAACCGAUGAAGAUGGACCCAUCAAAGAUACAGGGACUGGGCGCAAGUGGGGCGGUUACUGCGAUCAUGUUGCUUGAUAUAUUCCUCUUCCCAAAAUCUACCAUCUACUUGGAGUUUAUCGUACCAGUUCCUGCCAUACUGAUGGGGAUCUAUAUAAUUGGGAAAGAUCUCACGAGGAUAAUACGGGGAGACCAACGUAUCUCAGGAUCUGCACACUUGGGGGGUGCUGCAGUUGCAGCCAUAGCCUGGGCUCGAAUUCGGAAGGGACGUUUCUGAACUUUGUACCAGCUCUGCAGAUUUCAUACCAACAACACUAGGAAACUAAGAUAGUCCAGCAUGCUAAUUAACUAUCAGUCAGCGCCUUCCAGUUGGUUGUUCUCCUGGUUUAAAUUAGCUUGUCAUCCAUUGAUUUGAUAGAGACUUCAUAACUGUCCUAAUCCCCAUCUUAAUGUGAAAUUCUGAUGAUUCAAAAUCAAACACAUUUAAGGAUCGUUCUUUUGUUGAGGGAACUCUGUGGUAUGUGAGUCGGAACUCAACAAUCUUUGUAGUAGUGACUCAGUGAUAUGUUGUAGAUGAUUGUGAACAGUUGACUGUG